GAGCUCGGCUCUAGGCUAGGGCGGCUAGUCAGGCAGGCAAUGGAUUUUGUCGGGGCGCGGAGCGCGGUGCUGGCAGUGCUGAGGGGCGUCAGCGCAGGCGACCGGUCCCGCCUGCUGCACUGGAUGCGAACGACCAUGUUUGGUGAUGUUUCAGUUUAUUCUUGUUUCUGAAGAAAGCGAUUCUCUAAUGAUACUGUAUAUUUUAUAUAUGGUCAUAGUUCUAUUGGAGAGACAAGAUGACUUUGAUGAAUUCAUGUUGAGUAAUAAUGAUGUUGUGCUCAGAAGUAUUGCUGAAGAUCUUCGGAAUUGCUUACCCAUUGAGGCAAUGCUUAACUCGGAACAUCUAGCAAUUAAAAAAAUACUUGAGCAGCCAGAGCCGACAGUUCAUGUUGAUGCAUUCCUUUAUGAUGAUGAUGAUAUUAUUGAUUCAUUGUGUGAGAAGGGAAAAAUGAGUAGAAACUACUGUGUAGUGUGUGGCUCACACAAGACCGCACCUUUAGAGUUUAUUUCUCAUUCCUUUUCCCUCAUGGAACUGAAGUUUCUUUAUCAGUAUGCAUUGCCUGACCUGACAGGAAAGAUUCUGGUUGACGUUGGCUCCAGGCUUGGUGCAGUGCUAUUUGGGGGCUAUCUUUACAGCUCAGCAUCCCAACUAUAUGGAGUGGAAAUGAAUUCAGACUUUUGCCAGUUGCAAGAAAUGAUAAUCACAAAAUACCAAUUUACAGACAGAGUAAAGGUGCUUCAUUCAGACAUCUGUACUCAGGCUUCACUCCUUCAAAAUGCUGAUGUUGUUGUAAUGAAUAAUGUCUUUGAAUAUUUUCUCGACAGACUGGAACAGGCCAGAGCCUGGGAAUUUAUCAGUCAUAAUAUGAGGAAAAAAGGGUCAUUAUUAGUGACAGUCCCAAGCCUUGAAGAAUCUAUCUCAAACCUACAGACGGAUAUACUGCUCAGCCAGUGGGUAGAAGAGAUGAAGUUGGACUAUGAUGUAUACAUGGAAAAGGAUAUUGAUAGAGAAGCACUUGAACAAAUUCAUUUGUACAAGAUUCUCUAGCAUACAGACUGAUUUACUGAUAACAGUAUAAAAUCAUUGACUUCAGAGGGAGCUGUGUGAAAGGACUGUAGGAUUAAGCCCUAUUUCCAAAUAAAUCAUAACAAAUCUUACUGUUUAUUUUAGAAAUUAUACAUAUUUUCAAAAGCUCCCGUUUCAUUGGUGAGAACAUAUUUUGAGAUGUCAAAUUUGCAUUAAAGUUCUCAGUGUGUCAUAACAGUACAAUAAAUUUUAGCCACUAGGUAUCUCUGUAGCUUCAUUCUGCAUGGAAGUGUUUUGAAAGAAUGGCAGUCUACGAACACCAGAAGAGUCCAUCUUGUGCACUAUUAAUGGCUGUGAACCUCCCAAAUAUUUUUUUUAAAUAUAUUAACAGAAAAAUAGAGACCCACUAUUAAAUGUGAAUGGUAUUCAUAUAUUUAACACAGCUUUAUUUAAAAGCUUUAAUAUAUUAUGUUGGGGUUUUAGUACUGACAAACUUACAGUACUGCUAUUAAUAUUCUGCCUAUGGAAUGCCUGAUUUUUUUUUAAGGUCUGCACAGUAGCUACAGGCAUUGAUGUAGAAAAGAUUAUUGUCCCAAUUUAGAGUAGCAUUGUGACAGUGGCGAUCUCCUUCUAUUCAAUGGUCCCCAGGUUGACUGUUGAUGUAAUUGGGG